AUGUCUACCCUCGGCAAGGCUGAGGCCACGAGCAAUGAACCGCAAAUCCCUGUCCACGUCGAGAAGUUGGAUCUUGCAGUGUCCAUCUCCUCUGGCGAUGUGGAACAGACACCUAGAGAACCGGAUCAACUUUGGACUGAAGAGGAAGAGAAGUCUCUCGUGACCAAGCUUGACUGGAGGGUUUUCCCCAUGUUGUGCACCGUCUUCGCAUUGAGUUUACUGGAUCGGGUCAAUAUUGGCGCCGCUUACAUAGCUGGCAUGGGCGAAGUUCUUGAACUCGCCGUUGGUUCACGAUACUCGAUUGCGCUCUUGAUCUUCUUCGUUGGCUACGCCAUCUUCGAGAUUCCGAGCAACCUGGUAAUCAGACGGAUCGGAGCUCAGCUAUGGCUCAGUUUUCUCAUCACCGCUUGGGGACUAUGUGUCCUUGGAAUGGGCUUUGUGCACUCCUGGGAAACCCUUACCGUUUGUAGAGCUCUAUUAGGGAUCUUCGAAGCUGGCUUACUCCCUGGCGCCAUCUUCAUCAUUGGCUCCUGGUACAAGCAAUUCGAGACCGCUCGUCGUGUGUCAAUGUUUUACAUGGCAUCCAUCCUUGCUUCAGGCUUUGGGGGAAUCUUGGCAUACGUUCUCUCUCUGAUUCGUGUGGGAGAUGGUAUCUUUCGUCAAGGAUGGAGGUGGAUCUUCAUCGUCGAAGGCAUGAUGACGGUGUCCGCUGGACUCGUGUCUUAUUGGUUUCUUGUCGAAUUCCCAGAGCGUGCACAAUGGCUGACACCACGGCAAAAGUAUAUUGCAGUGGCUAGAGUCACGCGAGACAGAAAGGUCAAGGAGUACGCUCACCCCACACUCAAACAAAGCUUGAAGAUGUUGCUCGACUGGAAGCUUGUGGUCUUCGGCAUACAAUAUUUUGUUUGCACCUCCUCGGUCUACAGUAUUGAUUUCUUCAAGCCCAUCAUUUUGUCGCAGGGGAUGGGAUUCUCCUAUGCCUUGUCUCAAGUCCUGUCCUCGCCACCAUAUGUCUUUGCUAUCAUUUGCUCUCUCACUACGGCACAUCUCAGCGACAAGUAUCGAAUUCGCUGGCCGAUCAUGUGCUUUCAGGCCCUUGUCGCCGCUGUUGGAUUGGUGAUUGUCGCCUAUGCCAAACUACCAGGCGUGAGAUACUUUGGAUUGUUCUUGGCUGUUUAUGGAACACAGGCAAACAUUCCGUCUACUCUGGCCUAUGGGCAGAGCCAGACCGCUGACAUAGCCAAGAAAGGUGUAGUUGCAGCUGCUAUGAUCACUAUUGGAGGUGCCGGGGGUAUUUCUGGCAGCACAAUCUUUCGAGCUCAGGAUGCACCUCAAUAUACCCCUGGAAUGUGGGGCACGAUUGGCAUGCAGCUACUCUACGCCGUCGUGACCUUUGCGUUCAGCAUGUGGUUGAAGCGACAGAACAGGUUGGCCGAUGAAGGCAAGAGGCCAGCACUGGAAGGCGAAGAGGGUUUCAGAUAUGCGCCAUGAUUAACACAAGACAGCCCAAAAUAGACCGGACGUGGCAUACUGAACAACACUACGACAUAUACAUACGCACGCAUAGUUUUCGGA